AAGAGCUCACUGAUUGUCUUCAUGAUGACCAUCACCUCUCUGCUCCUGCUGAUCUCUCUGCUGCCAAACCUAACCUUCACCGUUCAUGUGAAGGGGGGUAUAGUGAACGGCACAGAAGUAAAACCCCACUCCAGACCUUUCAUGGUUUCUCUUCAGAAGAACUGGAGACAUGCCUGUGGUGGAUUCCUCAUUUCUGAUAGAUUUGUUAUGACUGCUGCACACUGCUGGAAAAAUGAGAAACUAACGGCCGUGGUUGGUGCACACGACCUAAGACAGGACGACAAAUCUGUCCGCAUUGGUGUGAAGUCCUACCACGUGCAUCCAAAAUUCAACAAGCACACUUUGCAGAACGACAUUAUGAUUUUGAGGCUAAAGAAAGAAGUCAAAGAAAACAAGAAUGUAAUGAAGAUUUCCAUAUCAAAAGAAGAGACAGACAUCAAAGCUGGUUCUGUCUGCAGUGUAGCUGGCUGGGGAAGACUGAGCUUUAACGGGAGAAAGAGUUAUCGUCUCAUGGAAGCAAAUGUGAAGAUCAUGAAUAACACUGAAUGCAAAAAUAAAUGGAAAAACAACUUUUUUGCCUCAAAGAUGAUCUGUGCCCAUGGCCAUGGAGGAAGCUGUAAGAAGGAUGGAGGAGGUCCUUUGGUUUGUGGAUACACUGCAGUCGGUGUCACUUCCUUUGGUGACCCAAAAAUCUGCAAUAAUCCUGAACGACCUGUAGUUUAUAUAAAGAUUUCAAAAUACUAUGAGUGGAUCUGCUCGAUUAUAUCAAAUAUUGUAAGUGGUGCUUAUUAAUGCAGCCUACUUCUAUUAUAAGGAUUCAUGUAACUAAAAUUACUUCUAGGUUCCUGUUUGCUUUGACCUCACAUAUGUGUUAAUGCAUGUAUGUUUUAAAUGUGUUGUAGACUGCGAUGUUAAUAUGCAUACUCAUGAUAUCUUUGCAUUGGAA